AUGCCCAACCUAGCCGCCUUGACGUUCGACGACUUCCCCGGCGAGAAGAUUGAUGAGCUUCUUGAGCUCCUGGACAGGUGGAACGCCACGGCAACUUUUUUCAUCAACGGGCCAUACGACCCAAGCGAGCCAGUCCUGCAGGAACGGAUUUUAGGUCCCCGCUUGCAGAAGAUCCAUAACGCAGGUCACCAGAUUGCCUCGCAUACGUAUGACCAUGUCAAUCUUCAGACCGCCGAUGCACCUGCUAUUCUGAACGAGAUGACACUGCUGGACCGAUGGUUAGCAGAGGUGUUAGGCGUGACAGCUCCGCGAUUCAUGAGAGCCCCGUACGGUGAAUGCAACGCGACGUGCGCGCGGACCCUGACUCUUGCGGGGUACAAAGUGAUCGGCUGGGGCUUUGAUACCGAGGACUGGAAAUAUGCCACUCCGGAAACGGUGCAUCGCAGCAUCGCCAAGGUGCACGAAUACAUCGGCCAGUUCAAGGAGCGCAAAAUUGUCGACAUGGCGGCAGACAUCGUACUCAUGCACGCAUUUAUCAACACCACCGUCACCACAGUGGCGCCUGCCGUUUUGGAGGCCUUUAGCCGCGAAGGGCUCCGGUUCGUAUCAGUGGCCGAGUCUUGGCUCAAUGGCUUGCGUGGCAUGGCCAGCGUCAUUGUCGCCCUCAAUCACUACCUCUACGGCGAAUUUAGCGCACCGUGGCUAGGCUUUGGCAGCAGUCCAGAGAACCGCUACCUCCACCAACUUCCAUUCAUCCGCAUUAUCUGGUGCGGCCAUGCGAUGCCACCAAUCUUCUUCGUCGUCUCCGGAUACUGUGCCUGUUAUUCUGGCCUCCGGCUUCGCGAUGCCCAAGACUAUGCAGCAAUGGCAAAGAGUCUCUCCCAUUCUGCUUUCCGCCGCGGCCUGCGUCUCUACCUCCCUGUAUUCUUCAUGAGUGCACUGUCGCAGCUUCUUCUUUUCUGCGGCCUGUACAACUGGCGCUGGACCGAAACCGCCCUAGUACCGUGGCAUGCCCCUAUAGAGCAUCUCAAAUACCUGGCAACAUACCUGCUGGACAUCACCAACCUCGUCUACCUUACCGACAAUCCGGGCCUCAACGUACAGUUUUGGGUUAUUCCCCUGGAAUACAUCGGCUCGCUCACCAUCUACGUAACGGUCCUGGCGCUGGCUGGUGUCAAGGCUCAUUUCCGCCCGGCGGUUCUCGCCGCACUGAUUGCUCCUUUUGUGUAUCGUGGCCAUUACAACACGUACACAUUUUUGGCAGGCCAUUUGAUUUGCGAGAUGAACCUUCUACACUCCCAGCGGGGAGGGUGGCGCUUUGGCCGACGCGUCAAUGCUGCACUAUUCUUUUUCGCUUGGUUUCUUAUUGGUCUACCCGACAACUACUUUGAUACCCCGGGCUAUUCGUUCCUCUCUGCUCUCGAGCCGUCCCCCUGGGGAACAUACGCGCAGCAAAACUGGCGAGGGCUCGCCGCCAUCCUUUUGGUUUUCAGCAUGAGCAAUGACAUCCGACUUCAGUCACUGCCCAACAGCCGGAUCCCUCAAUAUCUCAGCACCAUCUCGUGGGAAAUUUACCUCAGCCACACCAUGAUAUAUCGUUUAUGGCGGAACCCGCUCGUCAACUUUUUCAUGAGCUGGUUCGAUGGGGCGCAGAGCGAUUAA